CCCUGUCGCCAGCAUGGGCCCCUUCGGCGAGCCGCAAAGAGAUCUUUCUGUAAAGAAGAACUUCAAAAGAUUCCGAAACGUGAAACUGAUUUCCAUGGAAACCUCAUCAUCCUCUGAUGAUAGUUGUGACAGUUUUGCUUCUGAUAAUUUUGCAAACACAAAACCCAAAUUCAGGUCAGAUAUCAGUGAAGAACUGGCAAACGUUUUUUAUGAGGAUUCUGAUAAUGAGUCAUUCUGUGGGUUUUCAGAAAGUGAGGCCCAAGAUAAAAUGGGGAAUUGUGGAAUUUUACAGAAACCCAAAUUCAGGCCAGAUAUCACUAAAGAACUGGCUAAUAUUUUUCUUACGGACUCUGAUGAUGAAUCCUUCUGCGGUUUUUCAGAGAGUGAGAUACAUGAUGGAAUGAAACUGAAAUCAGAUAACGGAAGAAGGAGGACAAGGAGUCAGAUGAAGCAUCCAGCUCCUUUGAGAGUCGCCCUGAAGUUUCCCAGUCGAGAUACAAAGGGGAGGAACAGUGAUAAACCAUCCCGCCCUAAAUCACCAGUGCCUAGUGUGUCACACUCUGAUUCUGAUUCAGAAGAUGAGAAAGGAUCCAGCUUUUUGGAGAAAAGAGCUUUAAACAUAAAAGAAAACAAGGCAAUGCUUGCAAAACUAAUGUCAGAAUUACAAAGCAUCCCUGGUUUGUUCACUGGGAGAAGAUCACUGUCGUGUGCUAGUCCAUCAAAGCCAAUUGCCAGGCGUUCAUUCCCAAGGGGUCCUUUACGGAGGAACCCUGAGCGACGCACUCGUCCUCACACCAGAUCCAGGUCUCUGAUUGAGGGCCCCCCAACUCCUCCACCAGAAGAAGAGGACUUUGAAGAUAAAUACAGCUUGGUGAGAAAGAGGAAGACAAUAGAUGGAUACUUGGAGGAAGAUCAAGGACCUCGAAGGGGUCGCCCGGGUACCAUGACCCUUCCUCACAUCGUGCGUCCAGUGGAAGAAAUCACUGAAGAAGAACUGGAUAACAUCUGCGGCUCCUCCCGGGAGAAGAUCUACAAUCGAUCAUUAGGUUCCACCUGCCAUCAGUGUCGUCAGAAAACAAUUGACACCAAAACCAACUGCAGGAAUCCAGAUUGCUUUGGGGUGCGAGGCCAAUUCUGCGGCCCCUGCCUGCGUAAUCGUUAUGGUGAGGAGGUUAGGACCGCGUUACUGGACCCAAAUUGGCACUGCCCACCGUGUCGUGGAAUCUGUAACUGCAGCUUUUGUCGACAGCGUGAUGGGCGAUGUGCCACAGGGGUGCUGGUUUAUUUGGCUAAGUACCAUGGAUUUGGAAAUGUCCAUGCUUACUUGAAGAGCCUGAAACGUGAAUUUGAAAUGGAGGCCUAAAGUUGACGGAGGACGUUGCUGGCACCAUUCUGAUUUCUACUGCGAUCUGUCUUCCUUGUUAAACUUGUCUGAUCAUGGGCUGUUAAAGGUUCAACAACUUCAGCAUUUAAUCCUAAGUAUUUUUUUAUGAAGGACAACAUAGAGAAAAUGAAUUGAAUCAAGUGUAUUAUUAAUCUAAACUCCAGAGGUUUUUUUCAGUAAUGCCUUUGGUUAGUGCCUUUAAUUCUCUAAAACCUGAAAUAUGAAACCAAAAUUUUAUAAAAAUUUAUUUGACCUUAAUGCAUUGGUAUUUGGGACACAUUGUGGAACUUCAUUAAUUUGGGUCCUAGGGUGCCAAAGUACUUAGCAUUUGGCCCCGGUGUUAAUUGAGCACUAAAACUUCUGUACAGCACUAGGAAAUGCUUGUGGGUAGUAUUCUCAAUGUAAACUAACUGCACUAAAUUCCAUAGAGGCCCUCUCUUUAGUCACCUUAUUUGUGGACUAAAGUGAACAUCUACAUACUGGUAUUUUUAGCCAGAGAUUCUUUGUGACCAGAGAUAGAUAUGCUUUCAAGGGACAACAGUCCUAGGACUAUGUCACAAAUUGGUGCACUCCUGGAAGUUCUGUUAGGAGGUGGAAUUUGGGCUGUUCACCUUCUGGCCUUAGUGGCUUCUUGGCAUUCAACAAGACUUCAGAGAUUUUUUUUUAAAACGAUACUGUUAAUUGAAUGUCUGAAUUGUGGCUAACAAUAGAACUGUUUCACGACAUUAGGUUUACACUAAUCAACACAAAGAAAUUGCAUCCUGGGAACAGUGCGUUCAUCUGUAUGGCUCUCUAGAAAUGAGAAGCUCAGUAUUAGAUGGGGAUUGGAACUCAACUUUGGAUUUCCUGAGAGGUAGAGUAGAGCCUGCCCACUAGACUAACCUUGGACUUCUAGUGAAAUACUUUAAUGCUCAAAUAUUCCCCCUCUAUGUUCAAUAAAUGCGAUUGAAUGAAUGAAUGAAUUCUUGCAAUUUUCUAAAGAGAAAAUUGCCAGUAUUUUCCAAAAAAGUCAUAAAAAAUAGUCCCAAAAAAUGGCGUUUUGCUUUCUUAGAUACACAGCCAUGCUUAAUUAUACCUGCUAGGAAGUGGCUUUCCAGGCCAUUAUGCCUUGUGCGCAUUAGCUUCUGGUCAGGGCUAGGAGGUUGCUGCGCAUCCACUCCCUGCUCCAUGUGCCUUGCUUCUAGCACUACUGUUUCCAGGCUCUUCAUGUCGCCUCAGACCCCUUGCUGUUCUCGGUAGGGGCUCUUUGAGAUGCCCUCCAGGAGUGGAAAGCAGCCAGAGCAAAAUUUAAUAACACUUA